AUGCCAGACAAAAGCCAGGGCCGCACCAGACUGACAGAUAACAGCUUGCUCCAGGUCAAUCUCAGCACGCAGAUUCUGUGCAUUGCUUUAGUCACACCGGUGGUGAUUCUGAGGCUGAUUAUUCGGAAACGGCUGAAGCAGCCGUUUAGUGUUGAAGAUGAUGGCUUCGCUGGUGGUGCAGACACAAUGGCAUCUCUGAGUCAAGAUGAGAGCGAAACCACUUUCAAAAUCUCCUACGCAUCAACAAUCAUCUACGCCCCGCUCGCCAUGGCAGUCAAAGUAACGCUCCUCCUCGUCCUAGCCAGAAUCUACAGACCGUUCCGCGGAGCCAUAGCCGUCUACGUCAUUCUAGCCCUCAACGUGCUCUACUACUUCAUAAUCCUGUUCGUAAAGGCCUUUAUCUGCAAACCCGUCUCAGCAUACUGGACGAAGGCGACCAAGCCAGGCGGGAGUGGGAAAUGCCUUGACCGGCCGGCCGUGAUCAUCGCAGACUCCCUGAUCAGCGUGAUCUCUGACAUCGCGAUCCUCGUGCUCCCCGUGGUUUUCACCUGGCCGUUGCAGAUGCGCUUAAAGGUCAAGGUUAAGGUCGUUUCGCUGCUGGGGCUCGGUGGCAUUGCUGUCGGGUUUAGUCUGUAUCGACUGGUUCUGCUGAUUGUCGAUGGGAAUACGCCUGACCAGUCGAUUCUGUUCAUGAGGGUUCUACUAUCCGGAAACGCCGAAGCAGGAAUCGGUCUUAUCUGCGCCUGUCUGCCCGCAUUAAGCAAGUACAUAUCCCACUGUCGCCAGAACCAGAACCAGAGCCGCCAGCCGUCGCAACAGGACCAAAAGGGUGCUUGUGGGGAGUUGAAUCCCAUUUUCGAUGGGUCUUCGAACUGCAAUAGUAAUGGAACCCACCGCGCGUCUUUACAUAGUCAUAUGGAGACGCGUAUUUGGCGUUCCGAUUCUGCGGUGGACGGAGCUGGCACGGCCCCCCAGAGUGAGAUAUCGGGGUCGACUGCGGGUCGUAAUAGUCCGUUGGCUAUUCGGACGAAUGUUAUGGUUCAUCGGGAGUCGGAGAAUAAUCCAGAGUAUUCGCCGGCGUGA